AUGUCCGUCAAUUCGGAGAUUAAUAUUGAUGACUUCCCAUGCAAAUGGGGCUCGUUCUCGGAUAUUGUCAUCCUCGUGAUCGAAGCUCCCCCUGGAACCGAGGCGGCAACUCUGGAUGUUGACGCCGACUAUCGGCGUUGUCCCAUUCACCCGACGCAGCAACCACACUUUGUUGUCAAGUGGAAUGGGGUCUUCUACAUCGAUCAUGUGUGUCCAUUUGGAUUCACGAGCUCCGGGGGCAUUUUUGGCCGAGUUGCAGAUGCGAUGGCAGCAAUUUACCGCGCAAAAGGGAUUGGCCCACUCAAGAAGUGGGUUGAUGAUUUUGUUUUCUUUUGUUUUCCUUUGCAUGGCAGCCCGUCACCAAACCCAUAUAGCCUCUCGGAUAUUUAUGACGUGGCAAAGGACCUGGGUUGGCUGUGGAAGCAAUCCAAGACACACGACUUCGCCUCGGAGUUCAUAUAUUUGGGCUUCCAUUGGAACAUCACUGACAAAUUGGUAUCUAUUCCAGACGGGAAGAAGUCAAAAUACAUCGCUAGACUGUUGUUGUGGACCCCCGAUGCAUCGUUCACUGUCAAGGAAGCCAAAUCACUGCUCGGAACACUGGUCCAUUGCUCUUUGGCACUGCCUGAAGGAAAGUCACGACUACCUGCAAUAUCGAAAUUUGCGGCAUCCUUCGCUCACACUCGAUCACCCUUCUCACGCCGAAAGCCAAACGCGACGGUCUUGGAUGACGUAUCCUGGGGUUCUUGGCGCCUUGUCAAGCGGAAAAUCUCGGAGUAUGGAACAGAACCGGGUGCUGCGCAGAAUCGUAGCUUUAUUACGGACGUCCUCGAUUUGGAUCUCGUGCACCCCCUGUGUGACUUAGCAGUAUUCACUCUUGCUUCUUUCUGCACUGGGAGGACGAUGCCAAUGCACGAGACUGGAAACAAUGGCAACAAUGGCAGCGACACAAGGCCAAGGAUCUUCCAGCAGUUUUACAGUCACAGCCCCUUGCCAGCAAACGCAGCUUCCCUGGGCCUAUCUCAGCGCACAAUGGAGAUGAUAUCGACCACAUUGCAAUCUGGAUGGGCCAGAAAUACUCUCAGCAAUAUGGGUGGGAUAGUGGACUCCUUCCUGCGCUACUGUGACAGCAAAGGCGUACCGACUCAAUUCAGGCUGCCAGCAGACGAGAUGAUACUCUGCGCUUAUGUUGCGUCAAAUGCCGGAAAAUUGGCCGGAACAACAAUCAGAAAUCACAUCUCUGCGCUGAAAGUGUGGCACGUUGCGCAGGGAGCCGAUUGGAACGGAAAGGCACGGCUGCAUUACGUUCUGGCUGGCGCAGAGCGGAUGGAACCCAAUUUGGCCAAGAAACCCCCGAGACCUCCGAUCAAUCGUGAUAUGUUAUCCCGCCUGCAUGAGGGCCUGGACUUCUCGGACCCACGCAAUGUUGCAGUGUACGCUACCACAUGUACUGUGUUCUGGGGCCAAUGCCGUCUCAGCGAAAUUUUACCGCUUUCGACGAGCUCAAAGGCAUCAGCAUUCACCCCUAAACGAUUGCAUUUCGUCCCAAGGUCCGGUGCCUCACGUACGAGCCAUUUCAGAAUACCCCAAACGAAAACGAGUAUCCAAGGCGAUACAAUUCACCUGCCACGUCAGUCUGCGCCACUGGACCCUGUCACCGCAAUAGAAAUGCAUUUUAUUGCAAGUCGACUGGACUCCAACACCCUGCUCUUCAAUUUCUCAAAAGGGGGAAAGGAUGCGACACUGACAAAGUCUGCAAUCCUCAAACGAUGCAACGAAAUAUGGUCGGCAAACGGCUAUCCGCGGACAACCGGUCACAGCUUCAGGAUUGGCGGCACUACGGAAUUGCUUUUAGCCGGAAUCCACCCCGAUGUUGUCCGCACAAUGGGCCAAUGGUUGUCUGACUCCUUCCUACGUUAUUGGAGGUCCCUGGAAAAUCUAAUACCAAAACACGCCGAAUUUUUAUCUUAA